AUGGCGAACAUUAUUGAGCGAAUUUCGAGUUGGACUGGAGGUGUUAGUGAUGAUGAGCAUACACUCACGACGUUGAGGGAACUGCUGUCGGCUGUUACUGCUAGUGAUGGUAGUACAGUGCAUGGUGAUGACCUUAUUAAAGGAGUCAAGAUGUGCUUUGAGGUUCAUCGUUCGGGUAAAUCAUCAGAAUUGGCACAGAGGACAGCACAGGCAGUGUUGACGCAAAUAUUGCAUGCGGUAGUGCAGCGAACUGAGCUCACUGAGGCUGACAUUAAAAAGAAGAUGCUCACUUCGAAUGAUGGUAAUAGUGAUGGGAAAGAGCUCUCGGGUGAGGAGAAGGCGAAACAGAGCGAGGAGUGGAUCGCUAGUGUUAGUGAUGAUGAGCAUACACUCACGACGUUGAGGGAACUGCUGUCGGCUGUUACUGCUAGUGAUGGUAGUACAGUGCAUGGUGAUGACCUUAUUAAAGGAGUCAAGAUGUGCUUUGAGGUUCAUCGUUCGGGUAAAUCAUCAGAAUUGGCACAGAGGACAGCACAGGCAGUUUUGACGCAAAUAUUGCACGCGGUGGUGCAACGAGCUGAGCUCACCGAGGCUGACAUUAAAAAGAAGAUGCUUACUUCGAGUGAUGGUAAUAGUGAUGGGAAGAAGCUCUCGGAUGAGGAGAAGGCGAAACAGAGCGAGGAGUGGAUCGCUAGCCAGGUUGACCAGUGGCUUGACGAGGCCGUGGCUAAAGUGGAUCCCUCCGCACCGAAUGAGCGGAGCGAAGCGCCGAAAAAAUUUGGUUUUUGCAUAGUUUGCCGCAAACCAGCAGCACAUUAUUGUUUGGAAAGCAAAGAUUCUGUGUGUAGUAAAACGUGUAAAGAAAUCAACUUGCAAAGGAGAAAAAUUGUUGAUGAACCGGUGAUUUGUGGGGAAUCGUCGUUGGUUAGUGAUGAUGCGGAAAUCCGAGCGAAAAUGGAAGUUUAUAUGGACGAUGCACUGAAAGUGUUUUCGACGCUAUGCACGAUAUCUCUUUAUGGUGCAUUGGAGCCGCCUCAGGAAGGAGCUCAAGUCGACCCGUCUUCAACGACGGACCCGAUGGCGGUGAAGACUAAACGUUUGAGUCUGGAUAUGAUACUGUGUGUGAUAAACGGCUCUGGCAGUGCUCUGAAGAGGAAUGCUGUUUUCAUAGAGGAGAUUAAGUUCCGUCUGAUGUAUUCGAUUUUGCGUAAUUGUGUGUCACCUGUCCCCAAGAUAUUUACUCUAGCUUUGCAAGUGUUCGUGGCAGUAGCAACAAAUGCGGAUUUGAAAGCUCAUAUAAGCGCCCAAAUUGGAGUGUUCGUGGAAGAGGUUUUCAAGAGGAUAUUGAAUUCGGGAAAUUCGAGUUAUCAGCACAAACAUCGCGUGUUGCAGGUUUUCUCAAAGUUGUGUACGGACGCUACUACUUGUCUAGAUCUGUUUAAAGAAUACGAUUGCAGCGUGACGGAGGGAAACGUUUUUGAGGGAUCCAUAUCUACUUUGGCAAAAAUCGCGCAAGGAGGCGUUCCGAAGGGUGGAGGGGAUUUGGAGGCAGUUCAGGAAAAUAAAUUGAAAAUGUUGGCACUCGAGAGUCUGGUAACGUUGACUGCUAGUAUGGUGGAGUUAUCUAAUCAGAAGGAGCAGGAAGUGGAGGAAAAAGGAAACGAUGCGGCCAAUGCUAGUUGUUCGGGCGGAGAUAGUGAAAGUGGCGAGGGCAGUCCGAGAAAUUCUAUAAGUGCGGCUGUUGGGAAAUCGAGCGCUAUUGUGGAGAAAGCGAGGAAAAGUGAACUCGAAGUUGGAGUAAGGAAAUUUAAUAUGAAACCAAAACGGGGAGUAGAGUAUUUUGUGGCGCGCGGUUUUUGUAAUAAUGAUCCUGUUGAUGUCGCGAGGCUUUUGAAAAAAACGCGGGGAGUAGAUAAAACUGCUUUUGGUGAUUAUCUUGGUGAAGACGAGCCGUUCAAUUUACAGGUUAUGUAUGCGCUGGUGGAAUCGCAUGAUUUUCAGGGGAUGGAUUUGGUAUCAGCACUGAGGGAGUUCUUGGAUAAUUUUCGGUUGCCGGGGGAAUCGCAGAAAAUUGACAGAAUGAUGGAGAAAUUUGCGGAGCAUUUUUGCAAGGAAAAUCCGGAAGUGUACGCGAACGCAGAUUGUGCGUAUAUCUUAUCGUUUUCGCUGAUUAUGUUGAACACGGAUUUGCAUUCAUCGCAAGUAAAGAAUAAAAUGAGUUUUGAAGAUUUCAAGAGGAAUAAUAGAGGCAUUAACGACGGCAAUGAUAUACCACAGGAACAUCUGGAAUUUCUCUAUAACGAGAUUAAGAAUAAACCGUUUUCACUCGAUGAGGAUGAGGAUUUGAAAUUGAAGUUGGCAAGUCGGCAGAAAUCUGCGAUGCAACCAUCGAGGAGGUUUGAGCUGUUUAUUAAAGAGACGGAAUCGAUAGUGGAAAAGUCAAAGGAGAUGUUGAGCAAACGGCCGGAGGAGUUGGGCAGGAUUAGAGACCCUUUAGAGUAUAUUGUUCUGUAUAGGUAUCUAGGACCGAUGUUCGAGGUGAUGUGGGGUAGCAUAUUGGGAACGCUCUCACAGUUGAUGAAUUCUGAGGAGGAGUCCUUGGAGAUUAUAGAAUGGUGUGUGGAAGGUCUGAAGCACUCAGUGAGGCUUUGUGCUCGAUUUGAUAUGGACACGGAAAGGGAGUGCUUCGUGGCGAUGUUAGCUAAAUAUACAGGCCUUAUGAAGAGUCCUUUUGAGGCUCCAGCGAGUGCUAAGAAUAUUAUGUGCAUUAAGGCACUACUUAAUCUGGCUAGUAGCGAGGUUGAAGGAGGAGAAGUUGUUUUGGGUAGUCAUUCGUGGAAGCAUGUGCUUCUUAUGGCCUCGCAGAUAGAUAGGUUGGCAUUGUUGGCGAAUCGUGCUAAGAGCGAUUAUGUAUAUUUCACAAAUCCUGACGCUGCAGAGUCGCAAAGAGUAAUGAUUAUGACGAGUUCUCGUGAUAUGAAAAGCAUUAGUGCGAAGCAUAUUCCACGACUAGUGCAUAUCGCGUUUUUACGGAGUAUCACGCUGUUCUACGUGAAACGGGUGAAACUCCAAUGUAUUCUGCUAUUUUCACCGUCUUCGCUUCGUUUCACCGUGAAUUUAUUUUCAAUUCUCGAAGAAAUUCCAAGUCGAUUCGUCAAGACAGUGUUGUCUACGAAAUUGUCCAAUGGUGAGGUCAUAGUGUUCGUCGAGGAGUUGUGUCACCUCUCAACUGCUGAGUUAGCAGUGGUUGAUAACCCGAGGGUCUUCUGUCUGCAGAAGCUGGUCGAGGUUGCUGAUAUCAAUAUGUCCAAUCGCAUCAGGCUGGUUUGGUCGCGGAUUUGGCGCGUUUUGUCGGCGCAUUUCGCGCAAGUGGCGCAAAGCAAGAAUCAGCAGUUGUCCAUGUAUGCGAUUGACUCGUUGAGACAGCUCGCACUGAAGUUCUUACAAAAGGACGAGUUGUCGAACUAUCACUUCCAAGUGGAAUUUCUUCGACCGUUUGAAGCUGUCAUGGGCUCAUCAGAAAGCUCGAGAGAAGUCAAGGAGCUCAUCUUGUCUAUUAUGGAGUCCUUUGUGGCGUCGGAUGUGACGAGAGCCAACAUGAAAUCAGGCUGGAAGUCUGUGUUUCACGUGCUCCUGUUGGCAGCCAACUCGGGUGGUGAUAAAGCUGUUAUUGAGAUGGGUAUGAGGAUCGUCACGAGGUUGAGAGAAGAACAUUUUGAGACCAUUUGUGUGGAGAAUAUGCGAGAUUAUGUGCGGGUUUUGGUGGGAUUUGCGCAAUGUACUGGCGGAGGUUUGGAAUUAUCGAUGAAGGCAAUGCAGUAUUUACAGGACUGUAUAGACUAUCUGGCUGAUCCAGCUAGUCAGCUGCCUCCAGUGCAAAUGUCAUAUCAACAAGGCCUCUUGACAGGAGGCACGCCACAGUCAGGCGCGACACUGCCCACUACUGCUUCACCGGUGAAGAAAGAGGCUACACUCGGUUUGGCGAGUUCACAGCAACAACCAGCUUUGCAUUGGUUCCCGACCCGUAAGAUGGUUGUUGGCAACCUGUUUAUGCGUUAA